UGACUCAAUCGACUACUUGCCUACAGCUUUAUACCAGCAAGUAAUACAUAUACCCGGGUCUGACCAGUACAUACGAAGGCUCGUUCACAAAUCAUGUCAACUCAUCUUGCGAUACUGCCACUUGACAUUAUUGGCACACUGACCACGCGGUUAAAUCAAGAAAACCGCCAUCCUGACUAUGCAACCCGAUUUUUAAGACUUCCACACCCACGUACAGGUCUCUCAUCGUUAUUUCUUCUUCAUGAUCAACAUUCACAGGAUGAUCCCACGAAGACGAGUUCGAUAUUAGAGGUGCAAGCGAUAUCCCCGACAAAUGCAAGGACCUGGUUCGUAGGAGAGGAAGUCGUCGCUGAUGGAAAACUUAUGGUGAUGACGCCCAUGGACCCCAUGUUCUUGCUCAUGAAUCUUUUGCGCGUUCCACAAGCGCGCGACGGCUCGAAAGGCAACUUCCGACCCAUGCCAGACAUUAUAGAAGAAAUCGCUGCGACGAUUUCUGAUGUGUCCGAGAAAGACGCUCAGAAAGACCCAUCAUUAAAAGUCUCCGCAGACGACGUUAUUUCUUUUCUGUCUUUGGAUUUUGUCCAGUCCUCUAUAAAGCGUGUCUGUGACGUCAAGGUUAUAACGGAGGAGAUUACCGUAUAUAGAUACUCCCAUGAUAUUGUGCUGGAAAAUCUCAAAGGGAAAGUGGGACGCUUAUCCGACCCCAGGGUCGCGGAGAUGUCUCGCACUCUGGUACGGAACCUGGCGAAGGAUGGCCUUAUGGAUGAUGGAAAAGAGGAACUGCUUGAAUCGGGACGGAUCAAGUUGGCCUGCGAACUACUAUCACAAUACCUCCCCCGGGACAUAUUGCAAGACUUGAUUGCGUCUUAUGACUUCUCCAAACUGGAUGCCCAUUUGAAAACAGUCAGGGAUGAAGAACUUGCCUUACUCGCUGCUGCUCCCGACACCGGGAAGAGAACUAAGGCUGCGAAAGCUGGUACAGCUGGCAAUGGAAAUCAGAAGAAGAAAAAAGACGUCAGAGUUGCGGAUGCUGUUGCAACUGACGAUGGAGAUAAGAAGAGGAAAAAAGACGCCAAGUCGUCACACGGCGUAGAAAAGCUGAAGAAGGUCAAUGUGGCAGGAAUGUCGAAGUUGUCCACAUUUUUCACGAAGAAAGCUGCAUAAUUUCAUCUUCGAGUCAUGCAUCUCAUGCUUGACGACCCGGCGCUGUGGCCAUCUGGCAGGCACAUUUGGUCAUCCUGUUAGCUCAGGAAGAUAAGAGGUUAUUCCUCUGAUCUCAUGACCUCCCAUGCAGACUCCGCAAUCACA